AUAGACUUGUUUUAUAUUACAAUGCACACUAUAAUUACACAUUUCAAUAAUUCUUUCAAUGCAUUACACAGAGGCGUUCUGAAGAAAUGGAGUCCUGUGACCAUCUAUAAUAACUUGCCUAAGGGAGGAUGCAUCGGGUGGCGAUGGAGUGCCAGAGGCCUCCCAGCCUGCAGGGAGAGCCGUGACCUCCUCCUGCCCACGGUCACAUGGCUUCUGACCCGGGCCUCUGAGGGUCACGACGGUACUUUGUUCAAGUACCUACCCAUCUCCACCUGCACUUUGCAGCCACACCUCCGGGACAGGGAGCUCACUACCUCCCUGGCUGUCUAUUUGAUGGGCCUUGUCAUUAAGAAAUUACUCUAGGCAGGUCUCCUACCUGGAGCUAGUGCGCAGAACGCGUCGGAGCCAAGCCCAGCUGCUCAGGAUGAUUAGCGAUGUGCAGUUCGCCAUCUUCGCCAACAUGCUGGGCGUGUCGCUCUUCCUGCUUGUCGUUCUCUAUCACUAUGUGGCCGUCAACAAUCCCAGGAAGUAGGAAUGAAAGUGGCGGUUUCUCCGCCCCAGGGUCCCAGGACAUAGUGUGAGGCAAGAUUGAGGGUGUGAGGGGCCCUCCCACUUCAUCCCUUCUACCCAUCACAGCAUAUAGAGCAAUUGCACCUGGAUUUUCCCAAACAACUUUUAUUUCCUCAAAGUCUUCCUUAACCUAUGGAACAAGAAGCUGCCACAGAGUGGGGCCCAGUAUAGGGGCUGCUUUCUUUUCUACUCCCUCCCCCCAAUAUAAGAAUAUAGAUUUUUU